UGUUGGUGUUUGCUUUAGAGUAGCUGGCAGUUGUUAGCUCCCCUGAGGUUAGUCUCAGAUCUCGGCCAUCACCACUCCUGAGUACUCUUCAGUGCCACUGAAGUGUUAAGUGUGUGAAGGAACAUUAACUUCCUGCCCUUGCGUACACUGGCUUUCGUAACCAGAAAGUGUUCCAGAUUUUGUAAUUCCAGGAUCUCCUCCUUUAAAUGCCUUUGCUCAAACACAACAUGCACAAGUCGACUGUAGCCUUCGCUGAGACUUCGGAUAAGGCUUAGCAAGGACAAAGCAGUAAGCAAGGUGCCAGAGAGUCAUGCCUGUGAGCUCCAGGUCCCUCCAGAUGUCCCUCGAGAUUUCAGCAUUCCUGCUCCCUAGGGCUACUGCUUCUCUCCAGGGGCCCACAGCUUCCGCCCCAGAGUCAUCUGUGUAGUCCUGCUGCCACCAGGCCACUUCCCCUGGAACCUUGGAGGAACACCUUCAGCCAGCCUUGCCUGGGACUCAGCUCUCAGGAGCCUGCUGCUCUCUCCCUUCCCUUGUGGGGCUUCACCUCUGGACCGCCAAGCCUUCAGUUUGCUGAAUGGGAUCCUCCUGACUUGGGUGUUGCCGGCUUUACCUCUGACCACCUACUUCUCCAGGGCACUUUAGUUUUCCAUCUUUAAGCCUUUGGUCUCUGGUUGGUGUUGGCACUGUGCCUACAGGAAGAUGGCAGUGCUGCGGCAGCUGGCGCUCCUACUCUGGAAGAACUAUACUCUGAAGAAGCGGAAGGUUCUAGUGACAGUCUUGGAACUCCUCCUGCCCCUACUGUUUUCUGGGAUCCUGAUUUGGCUUCGCUUGAAGAUCCAGUCAGAGAAUGUGCCCAAUGCCACAGUUUACCAGGGCCAGUCCAUCCAGCAGCUGCCCCUGUUCUUUUCCUUCCCGCCACCUGGGGAUAGCUGGGAGCUCGCCUACAUCCCUUCCCACAGCGAUGCUGCCAGGACCAUCACAGAGAUGGUGAAAAGGGAGCUAGUGAUCAACAUGAGAGUGCAUGGCUUUUCCUCUGAGAAGGACUUCGAGGACUACAUUCGGUAUGACAACCGCUCCUCCAACGUGCUGGCAGCUGUGGUAUUUGAGCACACCUUCAACCACAGCAAGGACCCCCUGCCACUGGCGGUGAAAUACCACCUACGCUUCAGUUACACACGGAGAAAUUACAUGUGGACCCAAAAAGAAAAUAUUUUUCUAAGAGAGACCGAAGGCUGGCACACCACUUCUCUUUUUCCACUUUUCCCAAGCCCAGGGCCAAGAGAACCUUUAUCAGCUGAUGGCGGUGAACCAGGGUACAUCCGUGAAGGCUUCCUGGCAGUGCAACAUGCUGUAGACAAAGCCAUCAUGCAUUACCAUGCCAACGCCUCUGCACACCAGCUGUUCCAGAAGCUUGUGGUGAUCACCAAGAGGUUCCCGUUCCCACCAUACAUCUCAGAUCCAUUCCUCAUUGCCAUCCAGUACCAGCUGCCUCUCCUGCUCAUGCUAAGCUUCACCUAUACCUCCCUCAGCAUCAUCCGGGCCGUGGUGCAGGAGAAAGAGAAAAAACUAAAGGAGUACAUGCGCAUGAUGGGGCUCAGUAGCUGGCUGCACUGGGGUGCUUGGUUCCUCAUGUUUUUCCUGUUCUUCCUCAUCAUGGUCUCCUUCAUGACCCUGCUGUUCUGUGUCAAAGUGAAGAAGGACGUAGCGGUCCUGUCAAGCAGCGACCCCUCCCUGGUGCUGGCCUUCUUGCUGUGUUUUGCAAUCUCCUCCAUCUCCUUCAGCUUCAUGGUCAGCACCUUCUUCAGUAAAGCCAACAUAGCAGCCGCGGUGGGUGGCUUCCUGUACUACUUCACCUUCAGCCCCUACUAUUUCGUGGCUCCUCGGUACAACUGGAUGACACUGAGCCAAAAGCUCGUAUCUUGUCUCCUAUCUAACGUUGCCAUGGCAAUGGGAGCCCAGCUCAUAGGAAAAUUUGAAGCCAAAGGCACUGGCAUCCAGUGGCGUGACCUCCUGAACCCUGUCAACGUGGAUGAUGACUUCUGCUUUGGACAAGUGCUGGGGAUGCUGCUGCUGGACUCGGUACUCUACGGCCUGGUGACCUGGUAUGUGGAGGCUGUCUUCCCAGGCCAGUUUGGCGUGCCCCGGCCCUGGUACUUCUUCCUUAUGCCCUCCUACUGGUGUGGGAACACGAGAACUGUCGUAGGGAAGAAGGAAGACGACAGUGACCCUGAAAAAGCUCUCAGAACCGAGUACUUUGAAGCUGAGCCAGAGGACCUGGUAGCUGGGAUCAAAAUCAAGCAUCUGUCCAAGGUGUUCCAAGUGGGCAAUAAGGACAAGGUGGGCAUCAGAGACCUGAACCUGAACCUGUAUGAAGGACAGAUAACAGUACUCCUGGGCCACAAUGGUGCUGGGAAGACCACGACUAUGUCCAUGCUGACAGGUCUCUUUCCCCCUACAAGUGGACAUGCAUAUAUUCAUGGGUAUGAAAUUUCCCAAGACAUGGUUCAAAUCCGGAAGAGUUUGGGCCUGUGUCCCCAGCAUGAUGUCCUGUUUGACAACCUGACAGUUGCAGAACAUCUUUACUUCUAUGCACAGUUGAAAGGCCUGUCUCUCCAGAAGUGUCCUGAAGAAGUCAAGCAGAUGCUGCACAUCCUUAGUCUGGAGGACAAGCGGGACUUGCGGUCCAAAUUCCUGAGUGGGGGGAUGAAGCGCAAACUCUCCAUUGGCAUCGCCCUCAUAGCUGGUUCCAAGGUACUGAUGUUAGAUGAGCCCACCUCAGGCAUGGAUGCAGUGUCCAGGAGGGCCGUUUGGGACCUUCUCCAGCAGCAGAAAAAUGACCGUACUAUUCUACUGACCACCCAUUUCAUGGAUGAAGCUGACCUACUGGGAGACCGCAUCGCCAUCCUGGCCAAGGGGGAGCUACAGUGUUGUGGGUCAUCACUGUUCCUCAAGCAGAAAUAUGGAGCUGGCUACCAUAUGACCCUGGUGAAAGAACCACACUGCAAUCCUGAAGGUAUCUCUCAGCUAGUACACCAUCAUGUCCCCAAUGCCAUGCUGGAGAGCCAUGCUGGGGCUGAGCUGUCCUUCAUUCUUCCCAAGGAGAGCACACACAGGUUUGAAAGUCUGUUUGCUAAACUGGAAAAGAAGCAGAAGGAAUUGGGCAUUGCCAGCUUCGGAGCCUCUGUCACCACCAUGGAGGAAGUCUUCCUUCGGGUUGGUAAGCUGGUGGACACCAGCAUGGACAUUCAAGCCAUCCAGCUUCCUGCUCUGCAGUACCAGCAUGAGAGGCGGGCCAGUGACUGGGCUUUGGAUAGUAACUUGUGUGGGGUGAUGGACCCAACGAAUGGCAUUGGAGCCCUCAUAGAGGAAGAAGAAGCUAUACUCAAGCUCAACACAGGGCUCGCCCUCCACUGCCAGCAGUUCUGGGCCAUGUUCCUGAAGAAGGCUGCAUACAGCUGGCGGGAAUGGAAGAUGGUAGCGGCUCAGGUCCUGGUCCCCCUGACCUGCAUCACCCUUGCUCUCCUGGCUAUCAACUACACCUCAGAGAUCCUUGAUGACCCUCUCCUGAAGCUAAGCCUGGACGAGUAUGGUAGAACAGUGGUGCCCUUCUCAGUCUCAGGCACCUCUCAGCUGCAUCGUCAGUUGUCCGAGCAUCUAACAGCCAUGCUGCAGGCUGAGGGGCAGGAGCAUCGUGAAGUGCUGGGUGACCUAGAGGAGUUCCUGGUUUUUAGGGCCUCAGUGGAAGGGGGCGGCUUUAAUGAGCGGUGCCUGGUAGCAACAUCCUUCAAAGAUACAGGAGAGCGGACAGUGGUCACCGCCUUGUUCAACAACCAGGCAUACCACUCCCCAGCCACCGCCCUGGCCAUCGUGGACAAUCUUCUGUUCAAGCUGCUGUGUGGCCCUCGGGCCUCCAUUGAGAUCUCCAACUAUCCCCAGCCCCGGAGCACCCUGCAAGUUGCCAAGGACCAGUUCAACGAGGGCCGGAAGGGAUUUGACAUCGCCCUGAAUUUGCUCAUCGCCAUGGCAUUUCUGGCCAGCACGUUUUCUAUCCUGGCAGUCACUGAGAGGGCUGUCCGAGCCAAGCACGUUCAGUUUGUGAGCGGUGUCCGCGUGGCUACUUUCUGGCUUUCUGCUCUGCUGUGGGACCUCAUCUCCUUCUUCGUUCCCAGUCUGCUACUUCUGGUGGUGUUCCAGGCCUUCGAUGUGCACGCCUUCACGAGGGAUGGCCACCUGGGUGACUUGCUGCUGCUGCUCAUGCUGUACGGCUGGGCCAUCAUCCCCCUCAUGUACCUCAUGAGCUUCUUCUUCUCGGCUGCGUCCACAGCUUAUGCCAGGCUGACCAUAUUCAACAUCCUGUCGGGCAUAGCCACCUUCAUCAUCGUCACUAUCAUGCGCAUCCCAGCUGUGAAAUUAGUAGAACUUUCCAGAACCUUGGAUCAUGUGUUCUUGGUGCUGCCAAACCACUGCCUGGGCAUGGCAAUCAGCAGCUUCUACGAGAACUAUGAGACUCAGCGGUACUGCACUUCGUCGAGGGUUGCUAGCCAAUAUUGCAAGAAGUACAACAUCCAGUACCAGGAGAACUUCUAUGCCUGGAGCACCCCCGGGGUUGGCAAGUUUGUGACCUCCAUGGCUGCCUCAGGGUGCAUCUACCUCACCCUGCUCUUCCUCAUUGAGACCAACCUGCUGUGGAGACUGAGGACCUUCAUCUGUGCCUUCCAGAGGAGGUGGACUCUGGCAGAAUUGCAGAACCGGACAUCAGUGCUUCCUGAGGACCAAGAUGUAGCUGACGAGAGGAGCCGAGUCCUGGUCCCCAGCUUAGACUCCAUGCUUGACACACCACUCAUCAUCAAUGAGCUCUCCAAGGUGUAUGACCAGCGAGCACCACUCCUUGCCGUGGACAGGAUCUCCCUUGCCGUCCAGAAAGGGGAGUGCUUUGGCCUGUUGGGUUUCAAUGGAGCUGGAAAAACCACAACGUUCAAAAUGCUGACUGGGGAGGAGACCAUCACCUCAGGGGAUGCCUUUGUUGGGGGUUACAGCAUCAGUUCUGAUAUCGGAAAGGUACGGCAGCGGAUGGGCUACUGCCCCCAGUUUGAUGCACUGCUAGAUCACAUGACUGGCAGGGAGAUGCUGGUCAUGUAUGCACGGCUCCGAGGCAUCCCAGAGCGCCUCAUCAGUGCCUGUGUGGAGAAUACUCUGCGGGGUCUGCUCCUGGAGCCGCAUGCCAACAAACUAGUCAAGACUUACAGUGGCGGUAACAAACGCAAGCUGAGCACUGGCAUUGCCCUCAUCGGAGAGCCUGCAGUUAUCUUCCUAGAUGAACCAUCCACUGGCAUGGACCCUGUGGCCCGGCGCCUGCUGUGGGACACUGUGGCCCGGGCCCGUGAGUCUGGCAAGGCCAUUGUCAUCACCUCCCACAGUAUGGAGGAGUGUGAAGCCUUAUGUACCCGGCUGGCCAUCAUGGUUCAGGGCCAGUUCAAGUGCCUGGGCAGCCCACAACACCUCAAGAGCAAGUUUGGCAGCGGCUACUCCCUGCAGGCCAAGGUCCGGAGUGAAGGGAAGCAAGAAGUACUAGAGGAGUUCAAGGCAUUUGUGGACCUGACCUUCCCAGGCAGCAUCCUAGAAGAUGAGCACCAAGACAUGGUCCACUAUCAUUUGCCUGGCUGUGACCUCAGCUGGGCCAAGGUGUUUGGUAUCCUGGAGAAAGCCAAGGAGAAGUAUGGAGUGGACGAUUACUCUGUGAGCCAGAUCUCACUGGAGCAAGUCUUUCUGAGCUUUGCCCACCUGCAGCCCCCCACCACUGAGGAUGGGCGAUGAGGAGGUUGCUGCUGCCUUCAGAGCACCAGGCAUGAAGGGGCGAGUCAGUGCUCAGCUGUGCAUCCUCUCCCUCCUAGUUUCUCUUUUCUUUAAUUUUUAAUCACUCUUUUCUAUGAUGGACAUGAAAAAAAUCAAGGUGAUAUGCACAAAAUGGACCAAGUGUGUCUGUCAGGACCUGCAGGCAGGAAUCAGCAUGCAGAUUUCCACUCCUGAAGGCAGACUCUGGACCGCAGUCCCAGACCCAGAGCCCACUCCACAGUGCACACAGCUAGGCCUUGGUCUAUGUGUGGAGAACCGUCCCAGGUGGUGCUGCAGGUAACCUGGGGGCUGGACUUCUUUCCAGCGCUUGUCCAGAAAGCCCCCAGGGACCUGUCCAUGUUUACAUAUGCCGAUAAGCUCCCUAGGGAGGAAAAAGAAAGCCCACAGGUUUGAGCAGCAACAAGGACUUCCAAGCUGCUGUGAAUGAGCAGAAACGUUGCAGAUAACUUCAUGAAGGGAAGAUACUGGCUGUGACUAGGUGCUGAGACCUUGGCUCCCAGCACAGCUGUGGAGGCAUCCUUGGGUGUCAAUGUUCCUUCGGGUAUGGACACUGCACCAGACUGAACUGAUCCUGAGCCAGAUGUCGUCCCACAGAGCAUCUGCAGCACAAGAGAUGUGGCCAGACUUGAAGCACAGUCCUCUGUUCCCAGCUCUGUGCCUUCAACAGAAGUUACCGGCCACAGGACAGUCAGGGGCCACUACAAGGCUGAGUGGUGUCAUCUCUUGAGGAUACACUUAAGCAUAUUGUGAUUCUAUAGAAAAUAAAGGCUAAGGGGACAUGA